CAUACGCAUACUUUAUUUGCUGUCCACUUCUGUUUUUUUCUUUGGUAAAGGAGUAGCUGCAUCUCACAUGUAUACUUUCAUAUGGUCUCUUAAUUGAUUUUCUUAUUGUUUUUUUUCCUGUCCACCUGAAUUUCUAUCCUUUUAAUUCAUUUUCCGCUGACAUGAUUGGGAUAGUGUGAAGAUUUCUCACGUUAUUGGCAUGUAAAAUCCUCAUAAUUCAUAUGAGUGGAUGAAUCCUACUUCAGUGGUCAGGAAAACUUUUCCCAAUUAUAUAUAGUUGGGUAACUCAAAAUACAUCGGUCACCGAAGACAUGGAGGUGAAGGAAUUCCUAUCCAUGAAACAUGGUGAAGGAGAAACAAGCUAUGCUCAUAGUACACUCACGAAACGAGUGAUAUCAACGGCGAAACCUAUUCUAGAGAAGGCCAUCGAAGAUCUCCUCAGCGAGGGCUUUUCCUCUGAUGUCUUAACUGUGGCAGACUUGGGUUGCUCCUUCGGUCCUAAUACUUUCUCUGUGAUCACUACGAUCAAACGGAGAGUAGAGAAAACGUGUAACGAAUUGGGUGUAAAGCAGCCAGAGCUUCAAGUUUUCUUAAAUGAUCUUCCUGGAAAUGAUUUCAACUCUAUGUUCAAGUUCUUCUCUGCAAAUUAUGAACAACUUGAAGGAGAAAGGAGUAGUAGUGAGGGUAAGAAGUGUUUUAUUGCAGGUGUUGCUGGCUCUUUCUACGAGAGAUUGUUCCCCAUCAAUACCUUACAUUUUGCCCAUUGUUCCUACAGUGUGCACUGGCUCUCUCAGGUUCCACCAGGUCUGACAAGUGAAGUAGGCUUGCCAAUAAACAAGGGGAAGAUCUACGUCUCCAAUACUAGCCCCCCUGCCGUCAAGAUAGCUUACCUGCAACAAUUUCAAGAAGAUUUUACUUUGUUCCUCAAGUUGCGAUCAAAAGAGUUGGUCCCCAGUGGUCUUAUGCUCUUGAUACUUCAUGGUAGACAAGACCCCGACCCCUCCUCUAUCUAUGCUUGGGAACGAUUAGCAGAGGCCCUCGGAUCUUUGGUUUCAGAGGGACAAAUUGAGGAAGAGAAGUUGGAUUCUUAUAAUGUGCCCUAUUACACGGCAACAUGCGAGGAAGUACAGGAAAUAAUAGACAAUGAGGGCUCCUUUGACACUAAACAAUUGGGAACAUUUGGUCUUGAUAUUGGGUACAAGGAAGAGAAAGAAAUGCCAAUGCCGGCUAAGGGAAGAAAGGUAGCUAUCGAUAUCAGAAGAUAUACAGAACCCCUUAUUUCUAACUACUUUGGAAAUGAGAUUAUAGAACCAUUGUAUGAGAAAUUAACUCAUUUAAUAAUUGAUGACAUGAUCAAGAAGCCGCCUCCUGAAACUGUAAGCAUUAGCAUCGUUCUUCAGAGAAAGGGUUGGAAGUAAUUGAGAUAUAUGUUGGACAGAGUCCUAAGUUCCUAACAAUAAGGUGGCCAUUGAAGACUUAUAAUUAUGGUAGGAAGUUUCAAUAUGUAAGAAGUUUGGGUUGAGGUUU